AUGAGUAAUAAUAUUAGUAAUACAGUUAUACCUUUACCACCGAAAACAUGUAAUUAUACAGACUUGAAAGAUUACUUGUCUUUUGCUCGAAAAGUAAAUGAAAAGAUAGUACAUGUAGUUUACUUACUUACUGAUUGGUUCAAAUAUGAUCUAGAUCAUUUCGCAUAUGAAGUAAAUAAAAUAAGAGAACCAGAGAGUGAAUGUUCAAAAGUGUGGACACAAUUAGAGAAUGCAUCGAAUCAUAGAAAACAACUUAUCAACAACUGUAUCAUAGAGACUGAAAAACAUUUAAACAACCAAAACAACAAUCCAAUCACAAAUACUGUACUCAAGAGACAAUUGGAACAACGAUUAAAUAUGUUACGUCUAGAAGAAGACGUAGAGAAUGUAAUGACUGAUGCUGCCCAAAAGAUAUUCCAUAAAGUUUGUAAAGAUGAUUCUUAUUCUAUAUAG